CUUAUAAAAAGAUAAACCUAAUACCUUGUACGAAACUCAUUUCUCUAGUCCCCAAAUCACCCACCAUGUCUCCCCUCCCCCUCUUCUUCCUCCUCUCCCUCCUCACCCUCCUCUCCUCCCUCGCCGCCGCCGCCGCCACCCCCACCGUCUACGAAGUCCUCCAACAAUACAACUUCCCGGUCGGCAUGCUCCCCGUCGGCAUCACCAACUACGAGCUCGACCGGAGCACCGGCAAGUUCAAAGUCUACCUAGAAAAAACCUGCGAGUUCUUCGUGCAGGACUACAGGCUGAGAUACAAGUCAACGAUAUCGGGGACGAUAUCGGAUCGGAAGCUGAAGAAUCUGAGCGGGAUAAGCGUGAAGAUUUUGUUCUUGUGGCUGAAUAUCGGGGAAGUGAGCCGGGAGGGAGAUGAUCUGGAGUUUUCGGUGGGGGUUUUGUCGGCGGGGUUUUAUAUCGAUAAUUUUGUCGAGAGUCCGCAGUGUGGGUGUGGCUUUGAUUGUAAUGGCGGUGCUGGAUUGUUAAAGAGAGAGAUGUGAUUUUUCGGUAGAGGAGACUUGUUUUUUUUUUCGAUCGGGUUUUUACGUAUCGGAUAUGUGACAUGACAUAAAUAAUUUUUAAAUGUGUUGGCACGAUUAUUCUAUCGAAUCAACUUUUACUGCGCA